AUGUCAGAUGACGAAGCUGUGAAAGGUAUCUUGAAAGAUGGAUUUUUUUUAAAUUUUUGAAUUUCAUUUUAGCUCUUUCAAACGUUUCCAGCUAUCUUGGAGUUGCUCUCACACCAUCACAAAUAGCAGCUGUUCACAAGGUAUUUUUUAGGUUGAGAAAAUAAAACCAGCAGACAUUUGAGGUAAUAGAAAUGGGAGCAAAUCCCUUGGCACUGACACGAUUUUUGUCGGAAGCUGAACAGAAGGCCAAAGAAUUGGACAAGAAAAACUCGCCGAGCAACCGCGAAAACGAACCAAAAAGAUGA